AUGUCUAUCAGACGAGCAACACACGCCGGGUCAUGGUAUACUGACAAUGCCGCAACCCUUGAUUCACAACUCGAUGGCUGGCUGGCACUCGUCCAAGAUGGUGCGCUAGAAGGUUUCCGUCCACCAGUUACAGGCUGCAAGGCCAUUAUUGCUCCGCACGCCGGAUACUCGUAUUCUGGGCCUGCUGCGGCAUGGGCAUAUAAGAGUAUUGAUACUACCGGCAUAAAGCGGGUGUUUAUCCUCGGGCCUUCUCAUCAUGUGUACUUGAGAAGUUGCGCCCUGUCCAAAUGCCAGUCAUAUGAGACUCCAAUAGGCCCCUUGCCAUUAGAUCUGGAUACCAUCGCAAAGCUACGCGAAACUGGCGCUUUUGAAGAUAUGCCCCUCGGUACCGAUGAGGAUGAACAUAGUAUCGAGAUGCAUUUGCCUUAUGUGAGGAAAAUCUUUGCAGGACUCGAUAUAAAGGUAGUUCCUAUACUUGUGGGAGCAGUCGACCAGGACCAAGAGGCAGACUUCGGAGCACUACUAGCCCCAUACUUUGCGGAGCCAGACACCAUAUGCAUUGUUUCUAGUGAUUUCUGCCACUGGGGCACACGUUUUAGUUAUACGUUUUACUACCCCUCCCCUCCCCCGAGUGCUACUCCAACGAAGCUCUCCCGGAGCAUCCAACCCAACGAGGACUAUCCGAUUUACAAGAGCAUUACAGCACUCGAUAAGCAAGCUAUGGAUAUUCUUACUCUACCAACCGAAGCUCCCGAUACCAAGACGGCGGCUCAGACUCAUGACGCCUUUGCUAAAUACUUGAAGGAGACUAAGAACACGAUCUGUGGGAGGCACCCUAUUGGAGUAUUGCUCGGAGCAUUGGCUGAGCUUGAAAGGGGUGAUUCACCUAGGGCUAGUGCGGUCAAGUGGGUGCGAUACGAACAGAGUAGUGAAUGCAGAAAGCUUCAAGACUCAAGCGUAAGUUACGCGAGCGCUUAUGUGGUAUUUUAA